AUGAAUCCAAGCAAGAAUGGUUCGAUGGAAAAAUUGGGACGUGGCAUUUCACUGAGGUCGUCCCCGCACAGAGACGUAGUUGUCGACGCGACGCAGGAACCCCCGUCAUGA